AUGGGAAAUAAGAUCGCGCGCACGACGCAGGUCUCUGCUUCAGAGUACUAUCUCCACGAUUUGCCUUCUUCCUAUAAUUUGGUUCUCAAGGAAGUCCUUGGCCGAGGCCGGUUCUUCAAAACCGUGCUCUGCAAGCACGACGAAGGCUUGGUCCUCGUCAAGGUCUAUUUCAAACGCGGCGACUCUAUCGAUCUGAGGGAGUACGAGCGCCGCCUCGCCUUCAUCAAGGAAACCUUCCGCUCCCUCGAUCAUCCUCACGUCUGGCCUUUCCAGUUUUGGCAAGAAACUGAUAAGGCAGCUUAUCUUCUAAGACAAUGCUUCUUCAACAACCUGCAUGAUCGACUGAGUACCCGGCCAUUCCUCAGUCUUGUGGAGAAAAAGUGGUUGGCAUUUCAGUUACUUCUGGCUGUAAAACAGUGCCAUGAAAAGGGUAUAUGUCAUGGUGAUAUCAAGUGUGAGAAUGUGUUGGUGACUUCAUGGAAUUGGUUGUACCUUGCCGAUUUUGCGUCUUUCAAACCAACUUACAUUCCGUAUGAUGACCCCUCUGAUUUCUCAUUCUUCUUUGACACGGGUGGACGCAGGCUCUGCUAUCUUGCACCUGAGAGGUUCUAUGAGCAUGGAGGUGAGAUGCAAGUUGCUCAAGAUGCACAAUUAAGGCCUUCCAUGGACAUAUUUGCAGUAGGGUGUGUAAUUGCAGAGCUUUUCCUCGAAGGCCAGCAAUUAUUUGAACUCUCUCAGCUUCUGGCUUACCGGAGAGGACAAUAUGAUCCUAGCCAACAUCUUGAAAAGAUCCCGGAUGCUGGAAUCCGCAAGAUGAUACUUCAUAUGAUUCAAUUGGAACCUGAGGCCCGCCUGUCUGCUGAAAGCUACUUGCAAAAUUAUGCAGCUGUUGUAUUUCCAAGCUACUUCUCUCCAUUUUUGCAUAAUUUAUACUGCUGCUGGAAUCCGCUUCAUUCUGAUAUGAGAGUUGCAAUGUGCCAGAGUGUCUUCAAUGAGAUACUUAAGCAAAUGAUAGGCCCCAGGAUAAGUGAGGUGAUGCAAAGUGGGCUAAGCAUGCCUGCAAAUGGCAUGAGUUCUAAAUCUACAGAAGAGAUGAUAGAGAAACAAAAUGCGGGAUUCCCAAGGUCGCCAAGUGAUGGGGAAAAGGCAGAUAAGGGUUCAAUUCAGGACAACUACAAACUUCUUGGCGAUAUCAGUAACCUGCUCGGGGAUGUAGACCAAAAUAGUGAUUGUAGCGUAAAGGUGAAUGCUACUGGUGAAACAAACUCUGCUUUCUCCCAGGGUGUUAAGGAAUGUGGUCUACAAUCCCCUGGUGAGCUUCUACAGGCUAUAUCCAAUGCAUUUAGGAAGAAUGACCACCCUUUUCUUAAGAAAAUCACGGUUGAUGAUAUGAGUUCGUUGAUGUCGGAGUAUGACAGUCAAUCAGAUACCUUUGGGAUGCCCUUUUUACCUCUACCUGAAUCGAGUAUGAAAUGUGAAGGCAUGGUUCUGAUAGCUUCCCUUCUUUGUUCCUGCAUACGUAAUGUCAAGCUACCCCAUUUGAGGAGGGGGGCCAUACUUCUACUGAAGUCAUCGUCAUUGUAUAUUGAUGAUGAAGAUCGAUUGCAGCGUGUUCUACCAUAUGUAAUUGCUAUGCUUUCAGAUCCAGCAGCAAUUGUCCGUUGUGCUGCUUUAGAGACUUUGUGCGACAUCCUACCUUUAGUUCGAGAAUUUCCUCCUAGUGAUGCCAAGAUUUUUCCUGAAUAUAUUCUUCCAAUGCUUUCCAUGCUUCCUGACGAUCCUGAAGAAAGUGUUAGAAUAUGUUAUGCUAGCAAUAUAGCAAAGCUUGCACUCACUGCUUAUGGGUUCCUUAUUCAUUCAAUAAGCUUGAGCGAAGCUGGUGUUCUCGAUAAGAUGAGCCUGCCCCAGAAAUCCUCGACAUCAAAUAGUGAGGCUGCUGGGAGGCUUCAGACUGCAAAUAAUGAUGCACAGCUUCUCCAACUGCGUAGAUCCAUAGCUGAAGUUGUUCAAGAACUUGUAAUGGGCCCAAAGCAAACUCCUAAUAUCAGGAGAGCACUACUUCAGGACAUUGGCUACUUAUGUAGCUUUUUUGGCCAAAGACAGAGUAAUGACUUUCUGUUGCCAAUCCUUCCUGCCUUUCUCAAUGAUCGGGAUGAGCAACUAAGGGCACUAUUCUAUGGCAAGAUUGUAUAUGUUUGCUUCUUUGUAGGUCAAAGAAGUGUGGAAGAAUAUCUCUUACCUUACAUUGAGCAAGCUUUAACAGAUCAAACGGAGGCUGUCAUUGUGAAUGCAUUAGAUUGCUUAACUAUUCUGUGUAAACGCGGUUUCUUGCGGAAGCGUAUACUGCUUGAAAUGAUUGAGCGUGCCUUCCCGUUGCUGUGUUAUCCCAGCCAAUGGGUCAGAAGGUCUGUCGUAAGCUUCAUUGCAGCCAGCAGUGAGAAUUUAGGUGCAGUAGAUUCAUAUGUUUUCCUUGCCCCAGUCAUUCGUCCUUUCCUGCGCAGGCAACCAGCUUCUCUAGCUUCUGAGAAGUCUCUCUUUUCAUGUUUGAAGCCUCCUGUAUCUCGGCAUGUAUUUUAUCAGAUUUUGGAAAAUUCCAGGAGUUCGGACAUGCUGGAAAGGCAGAGGAAAAUUUGGUACAACUCACCUGCUCAAUCGAAACAAGGUGAAAUUGCCGAGAUGCUUAAGCAGCAGGAUGGAGAGAUAAAUUCGACCGGAAGUUGGGCGGACAAAAAACUGAAUCAAGCUGAUAAGAAAAUCAUUUUGAAUGGACCGUAUGUGGCAGAAAAUGGUGAAUCGAGGCUGAGACGUUCGGGCAUUACCAACAGUUCUUCUGUGGUUGACAUUCCUGAUCAUGUAUGCUCAGAGAAGUUGCAAUCCUCUGGCUAUUUGUCAGCACAUGUUAGUGGUGUGAAUAGUCUGAUUCAUGAUAAAUCAUCACAAGAUUUCCCUGUAUAUUGCUUUGGCAUGGAUAGGAGAACGGUCAAACUUCCUUCUGCUGCCUCUGAUUCAUCAUUACGAGUUAGUGCCAUGGAAAUGAAUUCAUCAUACAUGCCGUGGAUGGAUCCAGUGAACAAAUCUUUGAACUUGGCUAGUUCUGUUCCUGCACCAAAGCUGUUAUCCAGCUCAUUCAGUAUUAGUGGGGGUUCCAAGCAGUUCUAUAGAGUAGUGCAUGAACCAGAAAGUAGGGAAAGUGAUCAAACAGCCUAUGUCAGUGGUAAACUUCGAGACACUGGAUUAUCUAGCUCAACAAAAGGGAGUUCUUUUGUAGCAGAUGAUACUGCUGUUCCAAGUGAUAUUACAGGAUUGCCAUCUUAUAUGCGGGCUACAUCAAUCCCUGAUUCGGGUUGGAAACCUCGUGGUGUGUUGGUUGCACACCUGCAGGAGCACCGUUCUGCUGUCAAUGACCUUGCAAUUUCAAAUGAUCAUAGUCUGUUUGUGAGUGCAUCUGAUGAUUCAACUGUCAAGGUUUGGGACACAAGAAAGUUGGAAAAGGACAUUUCAUUCAGAUCAAGAUUAAGUUACCACCUUGAGGGAAGCCGAGCACUUUCUGCUGUAAUGCUUCGGAACUCUGCUAAAGUCGUUGUUGGAGCAUGUGAUGGAAUGCUUCAUAUUUUUACUGUGGAUCACAUAUCCAGAGGUCUUGGCAAUGUUGUUGAGAAGUACUCUGGUAUUGCUGAUAUUAAAAAGAAAGACACAAAGGAAGGUGCCAUUCUUAGCCUUUUAAACUACACUGAUAACAGCGACGGUCAGAUUGUUAUGUAUAGCACUAGGAAUUAUGGCAUCCACCUAUGGGAUGUCAGAGGAAACCCAAAUGCCUGGUCUCUAAAAGCAGCUCCAGAGGAAGGCUAUGUGUCUUCUCUUGUGACUGGACCUUGUGGGAAUUGGUUUGUGUCAGGAUCUUCUAGGGGUGUGCUUACUCUGUGGGAUCUAAGGUUCCUCGUUCCUGUUAACUCAUGGCAUUAUUCUCUUGCUUGCCCUGUGGAGAAGAUGAGCCUUUUUAUGCCUCCUCCAAACGUGUCUGUGUCUUCCACAGCACGCCCACUCAUUUAUGUCGCCGCUGGUUGCAAUGAAGUUUCACUUUGGAAUGCUGAGAAUGGGAGUUGUCACCAGGUAUUUAGAAUGUCAAAUUAUGAGGGUGAUCCUGAAAGUUCUGAUGUACCGUCAGCAUUAACCAAGCCUUCCAAUAAGGCAAUUUCUAGAUCAGAUAGGCGUAAUGUCAAUCCAAAAUACCGAGUUGAUGAGCUAAAUGAACCUCCUACUCGCCUUCCGGGUAUCCGGGCGAUGCUUCCUUUACCUGGGGGUGAUUUGUUGACUGGGAGUACUGAUUUGAGGAUACGUCGAUGGGAUCAUUGCAGCCCAGAGAAAAGUUACUGCAUAUCUGGACCAAAUUUAAAAGGAACGGGAAAUGAGAAUUUCUUUGAGGCGAGGUCAUAUUCCGGGGUGCAAGUUGUGCAGGAGAUUAGAAGACCCUCAACAGUAAAGUUGACUACAAAGGCAGUUUUAGCAGCAGCUGCUACAGACUCUGCCGGUUGCCACAGGGAUUCUGUCUUGGCUUUGGCCUCUGUAAAGUUGAACCAAAGACUCCUGAUUUCAAGUGGUAGAGAUGGAGCUAUCAAGGUUUGGAAGUAA